AGGUAUGGCUGCUCCUAUAAAGUUUGGAAUAUUAACAGUUAGCGACACUUGCUUCAAUGGCACCAAAGCUGAUACUUCAGGACCUAAACUGAAUGAGGAAAUCAAAAGAGAAUUCCCAAACUCACAAGUGAUAUUUCAUAUCGCACCUGAUGAACUGCCAUCGAUAAAAGAGUGUCUGCUUAAAUGGUGUGAUUACCACAUGUGUGACGUUAUAUUAACGACAGGUGGAACAGGUUUUUCCCCUAGAGAUGUCACUCCUGAAGCCACCCGCCAAGUUAUCGAAAAAGAAGCUCCUGGCUUAGCUUAUGCGAUGGUAGCUAGAAGCCUUGCCAUAACAGAAAUGGCAAUGCUGUCUCGAGCAGUUUGUGGAAUCAGAAAAAAAACAAUCAUCGCAAACCUACCAGGAAGUGAAAAAGGAGCUGCUGAAUGCUUUGGAUUCAUCAAAAACGCUAUUCCUCAUGCUGUGAACGUUUUGGCAGACAGGCAAGAUUUGGUAACUAAGGAGCAUGUAACCAUUCAAGGAAUAUCCCUUGAAAAAGUUGGUACCAUCUCUCCCAGUAAGGUAAAACUUGAUAACGUAGCUGCUAGGAAUCGCAUUUCUCCCUACCCAUUAGUGGAAGUUUCGAAAGCUACGGAAAUUAUACGGAGAGAAUGCUCUCCAACUCUAGAGAUUGAAGUCAUCCCUUUCGAGAAAUCCGCCAAUAGAAUCCUAGCCGAAGACGUUUUGGCCACUGAGGCUGUACCUCCUUUCAGAGCCUCAAUGAAGGAUGGCUAUGCUGUGAAGUCUGAAGAUGGUGUUGGCAAUAGAAUAGUUAGAGAAGUAGCAGCUGCUGGAGAUAUGCCGUCUGAAGAAGAACUGAAAGCUGGGGAAGCCAUCAGAAUUUCCACAGGAGCACCAGUGCCACCAGGUGCAGAUGCUGUGGUGCAAGUUGAAGACACCUCCAUAGUAGAAACGUCUACAGAUGGAACCAAGGAGUUGAGCAUUGAGAUAAAGGUUGCUCCAAUUUGUGGCCAAGAUAUAAGAGAUAUAGGCAGCGACGUCAAAGUCAAUGAAUUGGUUUUGAAAAAAUAUGACCGCAUCUCCCCAGCUCAUGUUGGAGUUUUAGCAGUCUUGGGAAAAACUGAAGUUAAAGUAUACAAGCGACGAGCUGUUGGAGUUAUAUCUACAGGCAACGAAAUCAAGAACCCUAAAGAUAAUGUGGGACCAGGGCAAAUAAGAGACUGCAACAAAUUCACUUUGUUGAAUUUGCUCAAGAAAUACUACUAUGAGGCAGAAGAUUGUGGUAUGGCAAAAGAUGAUCCAGAUUCUAUGAAAAAAGCUCUCCAUGCAGCUUUUUCGAAGAAUGAUGUUGUAAUUACCAGCGGUGGAGUGUCAAUGGGGGAAUUCGAUGUUCUCAAGCAAGUUCUAGAACAAGAUUUUGAUGCGAUGAUUCAUUUCGCUAGAGUAAAUAUGAAGCCAGGGAAACCUACAACUUUUGCCACGUGUUCGUUCGCAGGAAAAACCAAAGUAGUCUUCGGACUACCUGGCAAUCCGGUGUCUUGUGGGGUUACUUGUCUGUUGUUUGUAAUUCCCACACUGAGACAUAUUGAAAGAAGUGCAGUCAUUGAUUUUCCUAUCAUGAAUGUCAUAGCCACAGCACUCGAAAAUAAGGAUAAUCGACCAGAGUAUCAGAGAGUCAGGGUGUAUCAACAAUCUGGUGUUACCACUUUGCUAUCAACUGGAAAUCAAACGAGCAGCAGGCUGAACAGUUUAGUUGGAGCUAAUGGUUUAGCAUUGGUUUACAACUAUGUAAUACCUAAAAAUUCAUAUAAUAAUAGCAGACUUAGCUACCAAGUAAUGCUGUUUGAUGUAUAAUCAGUGAUGGAGAACCAUAA